CUAUAUCAACCAAAGUCCACUUCGAUUGCUAGAUCCGAAAAAGUUCCUUCUUUUGCUCGUCUUCCUCUCCUCUCCCACCGAUCCUUACCUCUCUUCUCACUCUCUUCCAAUGGCUGCUGCCUCUACUCCUCAAUCUUUCCUCCUCCAACACCCCCUUUAUCCCUCUCUCAAAACCCUCUCUUACAUCCCCUCCAAGCAGCACCUCCGACCAAGACCCCGCCUGUCCACCGUCUCCUGCACCGCCGUCCACCCUGCUCCCGCCUCCGUCUCCGUCACCAAGGAUCAGGGCCGCAUCUUUAACUUCGCCGCGGGACCGGCCACCCUUCCGGAGUCCGUGAUCCUGAAGGCCCAGUCGGAGCUGUACAACUACCAUGGCUCCGGCAUGAGUAUUAUGGAGAUGAGCCACCGCGGCAAGGAGUUCGAUGCCGUCAUCAAGAACGCUGAGUCCGACCUCCGCCGCCUCCUCGCCGUCCCUGACGACUACGCCGUCCUCUUCCUCCAGGGCGGCGCCACGACCCAGUUUGCCGCCGUUCCCCUCAACCUCUGCGCACCCGAAGAUGCUGCGGACUACAUCGUCACCGGAUCGUGGGGCGACAAGGCCUUCAAAGAAGCCCAGAAGUUCUGCAAGCCUAAUCUCAUCUGGUCUGGUAAAUCUGACAAAUACACCAAGAUCCCGCCUUUUGAAGGCCUCGAGCAGAACCCCAACGCCAAGUACCUGCACAUUUGCGCCAACGAGACGAUCCACGGGGUGGAGUUCAAGAACUACCCCACGCCAAGCAAUAAAGAUGCAAUCUUGGUGGCCGAUAUGUCAUCCAAUUUCUGCUCGAAGCCCGUUGACGUAUCGAAGUUCGGCGUGAUCUAUGCUGGCGCGCAGAAGAACGUCGGUCCGUCCGGUGUCACGAUCGUGAUAGUCCGAAAAGAUCUUAUUGGCAACGCCCAACCGAUCACACCCGUGAUGCUGGACUACAAAAUCCAUGCCGAUAGCGCUUCCCUCUACAACACUCCCCCAUGCUUCACGAUCUACAUUUGUGGACUUGUGUUUGCGGACUUGCUGGAGCAGGGUGGCUUGGUAGAGGUGGAGAAGAAGAACGCCAAGAAGGCAGGAAUUCUCUAUGAUGCUAUUGAUGGGAGUGACGGGUUCUAUGUGUGCCCGGUUGAGAAAUCAGUUAGAUCACUGAUGAACGUGCCGUUUACACUUGAGAAGACAGAUCUUGAGAAGAAAUUCAUCGAGGAGGCUGCCAAAGAAGGGAUGAUUCAACUCAAGGGUCAUCGCUCAGUGGGUGGUGUUCGGGCUUCCAUAUACAAUGCAAUGCCGUUGGCAGGAGUGGAGAAGCUUGUUGCUUUCAUGAAGGAUUUCCAAGCCAGGCACCUUUGAACUGGAUGCCUUAAAACCUUAUUGUCGUGAAUGAGGCUUUUUUCUGCUGUUUGUUGGCUGUUUUCAGAUGCAUCAAGCUCAAAUCUUAGUUUGGUUUUGUCAUUUUUCUUCUGGUCAAGUUCUAGAAAUAAUGGCAUUUAAUCAGUUAUGGAUUUGGAUAAAAUAUAGAUACUUUAGGCAGCUGCAUAUCAUGACUCAUCUACUCAGUCCUAAUGGUACUGGAGUUUUUGUGUGGAAAUUGCUUGUUUGUGAAAUCAGGUGAUAUUUCUGCCUGCUGAUUUUGUUCA